AAUAAAAAAAACUUUUUUAUUUACUUACCUUUGAAUAAAAAACCUUUUUUAUUCAAAGGUACUUUCAAAUCGUACGGGCAAGCAGCCGGGAGGAAGGAAGGAAGGCAAUCUAUAAAUCAGGUUUAAGAGUUUACAGAAUCCACAAAAGUAUUGUUCGAUCUCGCGCAUGCUUACGGAAUGCACUACGGGAAUCUAUAAAUUGACUUUUUACAAGACAAACAAAUCGUUCUGGCAAGCAGCCGGGUGAAAAGAAAGGCAAUACAUAAAUCAGGCUUAAGAGCUUAAAAUCCACACACUUGUUCGAUCUCGUUUCGCGCACACUUAAAAUCACGAAGUUAGGCAACCCACUGCACAGAGUUUGGCGGCGGCCAUUUUUUUAUUCUUAUGUUGUUUACAAUUCUUGUCAAAGAUAAAAGAUUUUUGUGCAUAAAGUUUGUGCUGUUUAUACAGAUUAAUAAUCGUUUUAAACGUUGUUAGUUUAUUGGUUUUUAUUGUUAUCAGUUGAGUGUGUUCCUGUUGGGUUUUAUUAACGUUACUAAUGUGAAUUUCACACUGAAUCUGCUCCUGUGUGUGUAGUCACUUUACUAGUGUACUUGUGUAUAAACACUAAUUAGUCUCUAUUUUGCAAUAAAUAUUGUUUAACCAUGUCGUACUGUAUGGUAAAAAAUUGUAAGAACAACAACAGAAAUAACAAAGAAUUGAAAUUUUACACAUUGCCAAAAAACUCUUUAAAAGCCAAAGAGUGGGUUGAGGCUGCUGAUAAUCCAAUAGUUAAUAUGGAAAAACCAACAUCUUAUCGAGUUUGUUCUAUACAUUUCGAGCCAAAAUAUUUGGUAAGGCAUCCACAUGAAGUUUUGUAUGGUUUGGCACCACCUAAAUCCUACCGAGACCUUACUGAGAAUGCUGUUCCAACAUUGCAUUUGCCUGUAAGGUAUUAUUAUAUGAAGGGAUCCGAAACAUUAGAAAUGGCUGUAGAUCUCCCAAAGGAAGCAACUUGUGCCAAAAACAGUUUGGAACCAUUGCAAGACCUGCCUAAUAAUGCCAUCAUCUUGCCUGAGGGGUCAACUGAAGGAAAUGGGGAAAAUUUUAAACCAAAAACGGCUACAGAGUAUAAAAAAAUAAUUUUUGACAUGAGGGUCAAAAUGUUAAAAAUGAAGAAGAAAGUCAAUGCUAAAAAUAUGAAAAUUAAAGUGCUUCAGAAAUCAAAAGUAGAUCUGCAAGAAAGCAUUAAAAAUUUACAGUUGAUUAUCAAGAACAGUCUGCCACAAUGUACUGUGGUUGAAAAUCUCUCCAAAGUUUUUACUCCAAAACAAGUGGAUUUACUUUUAAACCCGGGUAAAACCAGGACUUCUUGGACACAGGAAGAUAUUUCUAGAGCCAUUACUGCUCAUAGUUAUGGGCACAAAGCCUAUGAAUAUUGGCGAACAGAACGGAAUCUACCUCUUCCUGCUCCAUCAACAAUGCGAAAGUGGAAUCCAGGUAUUACAUUUGAAGAAGGAAUUGCAUCUCCUAUACUCCAAACAAAAAGUAUAAAAAAGGACGAACUGAAUGACAUUCAGUGCUUUGUUAUUGGGUUUGAUGAUGUGUCACCCCAAAUUGAUAUUGGCAUACAAAAGGAGCAAGUGGAAGAGGAUAAUACAAAAAAUUAAAAUGGACAUCAAAAAAAUAUGUCUUCUUUAUAUAGGUUAUUUUUUUUAAAACAAAAAUAUACGAAUAUAUAAUUAAUCAUUUCACCAAAACUGUGAUAUAUGUACAUACAAUUCAAUACCUUUCAACCUGUGGAAACUAUAGUGUAGUAAACAACUGUACUUUUAAGUUUCAAAUAUUUUAUUUGAUGUAAAAUUAUUAUUAGAACGUAUUUUAUUAUAUUUUUUGAUAGUAGUUGAUAAGUUAACCUUAAUUAGUGAUUAAAUAAUAUUAUGUUACCAGUAUUAUAUACUUUUUGGAAUUCUUUUAACAAUUGAAAUAUGCUAAAUUGUGAUAUUUUAUAAGCAUGUACAGUCUGGCCACUAGUUGGCGGAGCAAAGGAAUGUGUAUGCAGUUUAGAUAAUUAAUAUUAAAAAACAUACCUACUUAGUUUUGUUUUUUACUAUUAUUUAUAUACAUAAAAUAUAUAUUAUUUUUAUUUAUAAUAUAAAAAAUACGUUUUAAAAGCACGACAAUUGUUUAAUAACUAAAUAACUUAAUUAAUUCGGUCCGCCAACUUAUCGUGGAC